CUAGCGCUUUGGUCUGAGUCUCUGUCAAACUCCUGCAGUCCUUGCCCCGAGGGCCUUCCGCCGAUUAGGUUGGUGGCACCACCGCCGCCCCCAGCACUUCCUAUGGGUCUUCCUGCGUGAAAAGCGUAGAUGCCUUCGCCAUGGAUUCAUGGAAGAGUAGCCAGGACCUGGUUUUCCGCUGUCCCUCCCUCUGUCCCCUCGCAUUCUUUCCUACCCACCUCCCGAGUUUGUUAAUUUUCGAGGUCAGAAAGCAAAUUUUCCUUUGGGAAAAGACGUCAUGUGAUAUAUAGUACGAACUACGAGACCACGUAUUACGUUAAGCAUUUCACGUGUGCUAUCUCAUUUAAUCCACCUAACAAUGUAAAAAGGUCGACAUUACAUUGUGUCAGAGGUGGGAUCUGAAAGAGGUAAUCACCGAGGAAUGACAACAUUUGGAAUCAAGUGAGGUACCCACACUUGAGUCCUUUUAGGCUCUUGGCUUCCAUGAGUCACUGUAACUUUUGGUUUGAUUUUUGCUACCCUUGGAUGCCACUCCUGAUAUGGAGAAGAUUGAGGAACAAUUUGCUAAUCUGAACAUUGUUAAACGUUCCUCAGGAACUGAAGAGCCUACUUAUCUGCUUGGCAUAGACACAUCAAAGACUGUACAAGCAGAGAAAGGAAGUUUGGUUGCUGUUUUAUGUUCUAAUGGAUCCAUCAGAAUAUAUGAUAAAGAAAGGUUAAAUGUACUACGAGAAUUUAGUGGACAUCCUGGACAUCUCAGUGGAGUCCGAUUUGCACAUUCUUGUGACUGUGUAUAUUCAUCAUGUACUGAUGGCACUAUAAAAUGUUGGGAUGCUCGAUUAGCCAGUGAAAAGCCGGUCCAGCUGUUCAAGGGUUACCCUUCCAAUAUUUUUAUCAGUUUUGACGUAAGCUGUAAUGAUCAUGUCAUUUGUGCUGGUACAGAAAAAGUUGAAGAUGAUGCAUUGUUGGUAUUUUGGGAUGCACGAAUUAAUUCUCAGGAUUUGUCUACUACUAAAGACCCACUUGGUACCUAUUCAGAGACACAUAGUGAUGACAUCACUCAAGUAUGUUUUCAUCCCAGCAAUCCCAACAUGGUAGUCUCGGGUUCAACUGAUGGCCUGGUAAAUGUAUUUGAUAUUAGUGUUGAUAAUGAAGAGGAUGCACUGAUUACAACUUGUAACUCAACUUCAUCUGUAAGCUGUAUUGGGUGGUCUGGGAAAGAUUAUAAACAGAUAUACUGCAUGACACAUGAUGAAGGAUUUUGUUGGUGGGAUCUUAAUCAUCUGGAUACCGAUGAACCAAUUACACGUUUGAACAUCCAGGAUGUCAGAGAAGUAAUUAAUGUGAAAGAAGGUUUUUUGGAUUAUUUGAUUGGUGGCCUAUAUCAUGAAAAGAUGGACAAAUUGUUUAUUGUUGGAGGAGCAAACACAGGAAUUAUUCAUUUAAUGAGCUGUACUACAUCAGGAUUGAUCCAUAUGACUAGCCUUCAGGGAGGGCAUGUGGCUAUGGUCCGUUCUUUUUGUUGGAAUAUGCAGGAUGAUUCUUUGCUAACUGGAGGAGAAGAUGCACAGUUGUUACUUUGGAAACCUGGAGCGAUAGAGAAGACAUUUACAAAGAAAGACAGCAUGAAAAUAGCAUCCUCUGUGUACCAGCGAGUUCGAGUUCACAGUAGUGAUUCUUACAAGAGAAGGAAAAAACAGUGAUGUUACUUUGGGAGUUUACUUGAUAGGUUUUAUUAGUUGCAAAUCAUUAUUUUUAUAUACUAUAUGUGAAAGAUAUCUUUCAAGCUCAUAUGUAAAAACAAGCCAGUUAACAAACAGCCCUGGGAAAAUGUUGAGAAUGGUUUAUUUCAGGCCUUCACGUAUUCUAAAUUUUUUUUUUUUUAAGCCACCAGUUGAGUAUAUAAUCAGUGAGUUGAAAGUAAAAUUACAUUACUCAUUUUAAAAACCCAUCUGUUAGUAAAUGUUGAGUUUGAAGAAAUAGCUUUGAUCAAGACUUUUUAGAAGUAGAUGGCUGGUGUGACUUAAAAAGAAAAACAGGUGGUUUGGGCU